AUGUCUGAUCAGAUUCCCAUCACGGAUGCCAACCUUCUCAAGAAGCUUAGGGAUACCAUCGACAAUGGGCUUCGUGAUAUAAGAUCGCAAACUGAUGAAGAUUCCAUUGACUGGAAAGCUAAGUUGAAGGAACUUUUGGACGAGAUUUACAAUCUCUGCAGUGAAAAUUGGAAUCUUCUGAGGUUCGUUGCUUACGCUGUAGCCGCUGUAGGCGCAGCACUCGUAAUCCCGAUAAUACUCCAGAUUGCAGGGUUCAGUCUGCUUGGUCCUGUCGCAGGUAGCUUCGCAGCAGCGUGGCAGGCAUCUGUCGGUAAUGUCGUUGCGGGUAGCUUGUUUGCUUUCCUUCAAAGCAUCAGCAUGGCCCCUGCCACGGCGAUGACAACAGGUGCAUUAAUCACUUUUGGGGUGUUCUUGUGGGUUGAGCUGAAAAAGGAGCCCGAUGCUCCAGCUAAACCUGGACCUGACGAUGGUGAUGAUGGGGCUCCCGGUGAUGGAACCCCUCCGGGAAAUGCUCAAAAAAGUGGGGCAGGGCGAAGAUUGCUAAAUCCUUUGCGCUCAGUAUAUGAUGGUUAUCGAGUCGCUCGAUACGGCUUCAGCGGCAAGACUCGAUUCAGAGGUUAA